GCGCUCCGCGUCUUUUUAUUUUAUGGCCUAGACCUUGUAUUCCAAUGUCCACCCUGGGGUGUGAUUCGAAAAUAUGGCCCAAGCAGGUGCAAUCACAGACGUGACCCAAAGGUUGUUCGUGGAGCUCAAGUCAAAGAAUGAGGAGGCCAGGGCCAGAGCUGCCUACGAGCUCUAUGAUAAUGUCCUAUCUGUGUCUAGAGAUUGGCCAUCGGAGAAGUUCGUGGAAUUUUACAACGCAGUUAGCCAACGCAUCGCCCAACUCGUGGUCAACGGCAGCGAUGCAAACGAAAGAAUCGGUGGCUUGUUAGCACUCGAUCGGCUCAUUGACUUUGACGGUGUCGAUGCGGCCCAGAAAACGACGAGAUUUGCCAGUUACUUGCGCAGCGCCCUUCGCAGCAAUGAUAACGUGGUUUUGGUGUAUGCGGCCCGAUCGCUGGGCCGCCUCGCGAAGCCCGGCGGGGCUUUAACCGCAGAACUGGUGGAAAGCGAAAUACAAUCCGCAUUAGAAUGGCUACAAUCGGAGCGUCAGGAAAGUCGGCGGUUUGCAGCAGUGCUUGUGAUCCGGGAACUUGCUAAGGGCUCACCCACACUCCUCUAUGGCUUUGUUCCACAGGUGUUUGAGCUUGUCUGGGUUGCCCUUCGAGAUCCGAAAGUCCUCAUUCGUGAGACCGCCGCCGAGGCCGUAGGUGAAUGUUUUGAAAUAAUCGUGGCUCGUGAUUCUCAAGUCCGUCAAUCAUGGUUUGCACGGAUAUACGAUGAAGCGCUUCUGGGAUUGAAGUCCCAUAACAUCGAUUGGAUUCAUGGCUCCAUUUUGAUCAUCAAAGAGUUGAUCUUGAAAGGUACAAUGUUCAUGAAAGAACAUUAUCGCAAUGCCUGUGAAAUCAUCCUCCGUCUCAAGGACCAUCGUGACCCAAAGAUUCGCACCGAAGUCGUCCUCACCAUCCCCAUCCUCGCCUCAUAUGCCCCCACCGAUUUCAUUGAGAUCUAUCUACACAAAUUCAUGGUCUAUCUCCAAGCACAACUUAAGAGAGACAAAGAGAGGAACUCCGCCUUCAUUGCCAUUGGAAAGAUUGCCAAUGCAGUGGGCACCGCUAUCAGCCAAUAUCUCGAUGGCAUCAUUAUCUACAUUCGAGAGGGACUUGCAAUGAAGGCGAGGAAUCGGUCGGGAGUUAAUGAGGCGCCAAUGUUCGAGUGCAUCAGCAUGCUCGCCCUCGCAGUGGGACAGGCGCUCAGCAAAUACAUGGAGGCUCUUCUGGAUCCCAUUUUUGCCUGCGGACUGAGCAAGUCAUUAACACAGGCUCUGGUCGACAUGGCCCAUUACAUUCCUCCCAUCAAACCUAUGAUCCAGGAAAAGCUUCUUGAUAUGCUGAGUAUCAUCCUUUGUGGAACCCCCUUCCGCCCCCUCGGGUGUCCUGAAAACCGACUACCUCCUAUGCCAUCAUUUGCAAAAGACUUUGCACCCCACGAGCUUCAUUCCGAUUCCGAUAUCGCAUUAGCACUCCAUACGUUGGGUAGCUUUGACUUCUCUGGGCACAUACUGAACGAGUUCGUACGUGAUGUUGCUAUCAACUAUGUGGAAAAUGAUAAUCCUGAAAUUCGAAAAGCGUCAGCUCUUACAUGCUGUCAGCUGUUCGUUCACGAUCCGAUCAUCAAUCAAACCAGCGGACACUCCAUUCAAGUUGUCAGCGAAGUUAUUGACAAGCUCUUGACUGUGGGUAUCGGAGACCCUGACCCUGAAAUCCGACGCACCGUUUUGUGGUCGUUGGACCGCAAAUUCGAUCGUCACUUGGCACGACCAGAGAAUAUUCGAUGUUUGUUCUUAGCAGUCAAUGACGAGGUUUUCGAUGUCAAAGAAGCUGCGAUCUGCAUUAUCGGUCGACUCUCCAGCGUCAACCCUGCGUAUGUCUUCCCGCCACUACGAAAACUGCUGGUCAAUCUUCUCACUGGCCUUGGCUUUGCGAAUACCGCCCGCCAAAAGGAGGAAACAGCUCAACUCAUCAGCUUGUUUGUCUCUAAUGCGACGAAAUUGAUCAGGUCAUACGUUGAUCCUAUGGUGACUGCAUUGCUGCCUAAAUCAACAGACAUUAAUCCUGGCGUCGCUGCCACUACUUUGAAGGCUGUUGGUGAGCUAGCUAACGUCGGUGGCCAUGAGAUGAGACAAUAUUUACCGCAGAUUAUGCCCAUUAUCCUGGACUCACUCCAGGACCUCUCGUCACAUACCAAACGUGAAGCUGCGCUUCGGACAUUGGGGCAGUUGGCGAGCAAUUCAGGUUACGUCAUCGAGCCAUACAUGGAAUACCCCCAUCUCCUCGCUGUGCUCAUUAAUAUCAUCAAAACGGAACAGACAGGCUCUCUGCGCAAGGAGACCAUCAAGCUUCUCGGAGUUCUGGGCGCCCUUGAUCCCUACAAGUACCAACAGAUCAGCGAGAUUGAACCUGAUGUCCACCAUAUCAACGAAAUACAGAAUGUUUCUGAUGUUGCUCUCAUUAUGCAGGGUCUCACUCCCUCCAAUGAGGAGUAUUAUCCCACGGUGGUUAUCCAUACUUUGAUGCAGAACAUUCUACGAGAAAAUUCCCUGGCGCAAUAUCACUCAGCUGUCAUUGAUGCGAUCGUCACAAUCUUCAAGACUCUGGGCCUGAAAUGUGUCCCAUUCCUUGGACAAAUAAUUCCGGGGUUCAUCUUGGUUAUCAGAAGCGCUCCUGCUAGCCGUCUUGAGUCCUAUUUCAAUCAGAUGGCGAUCUUGGUGAAUAUCGUGCGACAGCAUAUUCGCACUUUCUUGCCAGAGAUAAUCGAGGUCAUUAGAGAUUUCUGGGAUGCUUCAUAUCAAAUCCAGGGUACGAUUAUAUCCUUGGUCGAAGCGAUUGCUAGGUCGUUGGAGGGAGAAUUCAGGAAGUAUCUUGCUGGCCUGAUUCCUUUGAUGCUCGAUACACUCGAUAAAGACACUUCGCCUCGUCGCCAGCCCUCCGAGAAGAUUCUUCAUGCCCUUUUGAUUUUCGGCACAAGUGGAGAAGAAUACAUGCAUCUCAUCAUUCCUUCCAUUGUUCGUCUGUUUGAUCGACCACAAAACCCUCAGAGCAUCCGCAAGUCUGCUAUCGAUAGCUUGACAAAACUAUCGCGGCAAGUCAAUGUCUCCGACUUUGCAUCUCUAAUGAUUCACUCCCUGUCACGAGUCGUGGCUAGCGGCGAUCGCGUGUUGCGUCAAGCGGCGAUGGAUUGCAUUUGUGCUCUCAUUUUCCAACUUGGACAGGACUUCACGCAUUACAUUCAUCUUCUAAACAAAGUCCUCAAAACUCAUCAGAUCACGCAUGUCAACUACCAAAUCCUGGUGACGAAACUCCAGAAGGGCGAUCCCCUCCCGCAGGACCUCAAUCCAGAAGAGGUUUAUGCUUUCCCUACCGAUGACACCAACUUUUCCGAAAUUGGACAGAAGAAGAUUGUUGUAAACCAGCAGCAUCUCAAGAAUGCUUGGGAUGCUUCCCAAAAGUCCACUCGUGAGGAUUGGCAGGAAUGGAUACGCCGUUUCAGCAUUGAGCUGUUAAAGGAAUCCCCAUCCCCGGCAUUGCGUGCAUGUGCUAGUUUGGCAGGAAUCUACCAGCCACUAUCAAGGGACCUUUUCAAUGCUGCUUUUGUCUCAUGCUGGACUGAGUUGUAUGAUCAAUACCAAGAAGAGCUCGUUCGCUCAAUUGAAAAGGCGCUUACUUCUCAGAAUAUCUCCCCAGAGAUUUUGCAAAUUCUCCUCAAUCUGGCCGAAUUCAUGGAACACGAUGACAAGGCUCUCCCCAUCGACAUCCGCACUCUUGGAAAAUAUGCAGCAAAAUGCCAUGCUUUUGCUAAAGCUCUUCACUACAAAGAACUCGAGUUUGAGCAAGACCAGAACUCGGGUGCUGUUGAAGCCUUGAUUACCAUCAACAACCAGCUCCAGCAGUCCGACGCUGCCAUUGGUAUUCUUCGCAAAGCGCAGGCGUAUCGUGAUGUGGAGCUCAAGGAAACGUGGUUCGAGAAGCUUCAGCGGUGGGACGAAGCCCUUGCUGCUUACAAGCGACGCGAAAAGACGGACCCAGACUCAUUUGGCAUCACAAUGGGUAAGAUGCGAUGUUUGCACGCUCUUGGCGAAUGGAAGGUUCUCUCGGACCUCGCUCAAGAAAAGUGGAACCAAGCAUCACUGGAGCAUCGCCGAGCUAUUGCACCUCUUGCUGCUGCCGCUGCCUGGGGUCGGGGCCAGUGGGAGUUGAUGGACUCUUACCUUGGUGUCAUGAAAGAGCAGACUCCAGACCGCUCAUUCUUCGGUGCCAUUCUGGCAAUCCAUCGUAACCAAUUCGAGGAGGCCAACAUGUACAUCGAGAAAGCUCGCAAUGGUCUCGAUACAGAAUUGUCUGCUCUUCUUGGAGAGUCAUAUAACCGCGCGUACAAUGUUGUUGUCCGGGUGCAAAUGCUCGCUGAGCUAGAAGAGAUCAUCACAUACAAGCAAAACAUCGGCGACCCUGAAAAGCAAGAUGCCAUGCGUAAAACGUGGAAUCAAAGAUUGCUUGGGUGCCAGCAAAACGUGGAAGUGUGGCAGCGUAUGCUCAAGGUCAGAGCUCUUGUCACAGCCCCACGUGAGAACCUUGACAUGUCUAUCAAGUUCGCCAAUCUUUGUCGCAAGUCCAAUCGCAUGGGUCUUGCGGAGCGGUCCCUUGCAUCUUUAGAGACAAUGGUGGCCGAUGCCAAUGGAAUGCGCACUAUAAUACCACCCGAGGUCACAUAUGCCAGGCUGAAAUUCAGUUGGGCAAAUGGCCAACAACUAGAAUCUCUUGAAAUGAUGAAAGAGUUCACCUCUGGUCUGACCGAUGAUUUUUCCAGAUACAACACAUUCAUGGUAUCAAAUGCUGAUCACCACGGCGUGAAUGGAGUCAACGGGGUCGCCGAUCAGAACCACCCAGAUGUUAUCAGACUGAAAGAACGGAUUGGUGAUGAUCCCAGCAAAUUCAGAAAACUGCUUUCUAAGAGCUAUCUGAGGCAGGGAGAAUGGCAGACAACCUUACAGAGGGGUGAUUGGAGGCCGGAGAACGUUCGAGAUGUCCUCAACGCUUAUUCGGCGGCAACCCAAUACAACCGCGAUUCAUACAAGGCGUGGCACUCCUGGGCACUUGCAAAUUUCGAAGUUGUUACAACGAUUGCCAACCAGGCUAGUCGUGAGGGCAUGCCUGCACCGGUUCCUCCUCAUAUCGUUACAGAGCAUGUAAUUCCUGCCGUUCGCGGAUUCAUUCGCUCAAUCGCUUUGUCCUUGACAUCGUCGUUGCAAGACACAUUAAGAUUACUCACUUUGUGGUUUAAUCAUGGCGGAGAUCAUGACGUGAAUACUGUCGUCACGGAAGGAUUUACGACUGUCAAUAUUGACACUUGGCUUGCUGUUACUCCUCAACUGAUCGCUCGAAUCAACCAACCCAACAUCAGGGUGCGGGGUGCGGUUCAUAGGUUGCUUGCCGAGGUUGGCAAAGCGCAUCCUCAAGCCCUUGUGUAUCCACUGACGGUGGCAAUGAAAUCAAAUGUGACUCGACGCUCUCAAUCUGCUAGCAACAUCAUGGAAAGUAUGCGGCAACAUAGCGCCAAGCUUGUUGAGCAAGCAGAUCUUGUGAGUCAUGAGCUUAUCCGAGUUGCGGUCUUGUGGCAUGAACUCUGGCAUGAAGGUCUGGAAGAAGCCUCUCGUCUCUAUUUCGGUGAUCACAAUGUUGAAGGCAUGUUUUCAACACUUGCUCCCUUCCAUGAUAUGCUAGACAAGGGCGCUGAGACCCUUCGUGAGGUGUCAUUUGCGCAAGCGUUUGGUCGUGAUCUAGCUGAAGCGAAGCACUACUGUAUGAUGUAUCGCGAGUCGGAGGAAAUUGGCGAUCUCAACCAAGCUUGGGAUUUAUAUUACACUGUGUUCCGCAAGAUCAGUCGACAACUGCCACAGCUAUCGACUCUCGAUCUUAAAUACGUAUCUCCUCGACUCAAGGAUUGUUCAGAUCUUGACCUUGCGGUUCCAGGAACAUACCAGAGCGGUAAGCCAGUUAUUCGGAUCAUGAGCUUUGACCCGAUCUUGCAUGUGUUGCAGACAAAGAAACGACCGCGUCGCAUGACGCUCAAGGGCAGCAACGGAAGCUCUUAUAUGUACCUUGUCAAGGGCCAUGAAGACAUCCGACAAGAUGAGCGAGUCAUGCAACUUUUCGGCUUGUGCAAUACCCUGCUGGAUAAUGAUGGCGAGAGCUUCAAGCGACACUUGUCAGUCCAGCGCUUCCCUGCUAUUCCAUUGUCUCAGAGCUCUGGUCUGCUGGGAUGGGUGUCAAACAGUGAUACGUUGCAUGCCUUGAUCAAGGAAUAUCGUGAAAGCCGUCGGAUCCUACUCAACAUCGAGCACCGGAUCAUGCUUCAAAUGGCACCCGAUUAUGAUAGCCUCACUCUCAUGCAAAAGGUCGAAGUCUUCGGUUACGCCAUGGACAAUACGACCGGCAAAGAUCUGUACCGGGUGCUAUGGCUCAAGAGCAAGAGCUCCGAGGCAUGGCUCGAACGUCGUACGAACUACACUCGAUCGCUUGGUGUUAUGUCUAUGGUCGGCUACAUCCUUGGUCUGGGCGACAGACAUCCAUCGAACUUGUUGCUGGAUCGUGGUAAUGGACGUGUGGUUCAUAUCGACUUUGGUGAUUGUUUCGAGAUCGCAAUGCACCGAGAGAAGUACCCCGAGCGAGUUCCGUUCCGACUUACUCGCAUGUUGACAUUCGCCAUGGAAGUCAGCAACAUUGAGGGUAGCUACCGUAUCACUUGCGAGGCUGUCAUGCGUGUUCUACGAGAGCAUAAGGAUUCCUUGAUGGCAGUUUUGGAGGCUUUCAUUCACGACCCUCUAAUCAACUGGCGUCUGGGUACACAAGAUUCCUCCCCCGACCGAGUCUCCCUCCCCGCAGAUCGUCGCGGGUCCAUCAUGGACGGUGUCAAUUUCGAACCCGGCAAUCAACCAGCUGAUUUCUCUCGCCGCCGCCGCCCGUCCAUGCUGGAGGGUGGUAUUCUCGAUGCUCCAGAAGGCGUUCCACAAGAAGCCCGCGAGGCACAGAAUGCCCGUGCUCUCCAGGUUCUCGCCCGAGUCAAGGAGAAGCUCACUGGACGAGACUUCAGAAAUACCGAAGAGCUGAGUGUCAGCGACCAGGUGGACAAGCUCAUUGCGCAGGCAACCAAUGUUGAGAAUAUCUGUCAACACUGGAUUGGAUGGUGUAGUUUCUGCAUCAUGGGUGGAGACUUGAACCUGAAGAAGUCAUGGCACCCAGGCUUGAUCAAAAACCAGGAGCGCGUAUGGCUGGAAGAGAAGCGCGCUCUCGACGAGCGCAAACAGAUCGCGCAGUUACGACGUGAACGAGAGGAGGAGCGCCAAAUGGAAGAGAUUCAACGCCUCCAAGAAGCUUCCGGAAAGACAAAGCAAGUCAGCCGAGUCGACUGGAUGUACCAGGCACCCUCGACCGAGACCGGUCACUACUCAGAGGAGAUGGAGGGAUAUCUGCUGGGCAAGCGACGCAUCGACGGAGUCCUCCUGAAGAAUGACCCCGAUACUAAGAAGCUGGAGAAGGGUUCGGAGGUUGUGGGCAAUGGUACCGCGGCUGGCCCAUCUAUUGUCUCGGCGCGCGACACCAUGUCGAAGGUUAUGGCGGACCCUCUACUUGAAGUGAAGAAGAGAGAACAGGCGGCUUACGAGGCGAUGGUGAAAGAGACGCUCAGACGCAAGGAAAAAGAGAAGGAACGUGGAGAUCGUGAUCGGGGAAAGGAUCGUGACCGUCGUCAUCGCACCCAAGACUCAAAGCGCAGGCGCUAUAGUGAUGAUGCUGGCGAUGAGCGCCGUGACCGCCCCCACCGAAGAUCUUCACCUCGACGACACCGAUCUAGAUCACCCGGUUCGCCCGAUCGAUCUACCCGCAAACACCGAAGUGAUCGCGAUCGUGAACCUCGCGACGAUAACUACCGCCCAGACAACCGUGAUCGGAGGAGCGAUGAGCACAGAUCUCGCCGAGAUGAUAGGGACCGGGGCCGAGACCGUCGCGAUUAUCAAGACAAGAGAGACUCCCACUCCGGUCGACACCACGAUCGCGAAGACAGAGGUUCCCGGCGAGACCGUUCACUGUCCCGGAACUCCCGAUCUCCUCGCCCAUCCAGCGAUCGCAAAGAACGCCCUGCCGCUGACGAAGAUCGCCGCCGUGACUUCUCCCGGCGCGAGUACAAUAAUCGGCGUGACUCUGGCAGGGCUAUGGGGCCACCCUCGACCCGUACACCAACAAACAAGCCCGAUACCAAGGAACUGGAAGAAGAACGCCGCCGCAAGUUGGAAGAAAUGCAAUCUAACGCCGCAGAAAUUGAAUCAGAGCGACUUCGGCGAAUUGCGGAGAUAUCUGCCAAGGAGGAAGUACAACGGGAGGCUGACGAUCAGCAACGUUCAGACCGGGGCAGGUUCAUGUCUGAUGUCAAUAAGCGAGUACAGGAAGAUACACUUGAUGAACGUAUUCGGCGUAGCCGUGGUGGACUCGCGAAGCUGGAACAGGAUUAA